GAAUGUCCAGUUUGUGGAGCCCGGGUUAUGGCUCAGUACGCACCGCAGGCUUAUGUGCUCUCGGACGAACAGGAAUACCUCCAAGCGUAUGAGGAUGUUUUGGAAAAAUACAAAGAUGAAAGAGACAGAGUGCAGAAGAAGACAUUCACAAAAUGGAUAAAUCAGCAUCUGCUAAAGGUCCGGAAGCAUAUAAAUGACCUGUACGAAGACUUAAGAGAUGGACAUAACCUGAUCUCACUGCUGGAGGUUUUGUCUGGAGACACAUUGCCUCGGGAGAGAGGGAGGAUGCGCUUCCACAGACUCCAGAAUGUACAAAUAGCACUGGACUAUUUAAAGAGGCGGCAGGUCAAACUUGUAAAUAUCAGGAAUGACGACAUCACAGAUGGUAACCCAAAGCUGACCCUGGGAUUGAUCUGGACCAUAAUUCUGCACUUUCAGAUUUCGGAGAUCCACGUGACAGGGGAGUCCGAGGACAUGACAGCCAAGGAGAGGCUGCUGCUCUGGUCCAAACAGAUAACAGACGGCUAUGUAGGCGUACGAUGUGAAAACUUCACAACCUCCUGGAGGGAUGGGAGGCUAUUUAACGCCCUCAUUCAUAAAUACAGGCCAGACCUGGUUGACAUGAGCCGUGUGUCAACACAGACCAACCGAUCAAAUUUAGAGCAAGCGUUUUGUGUAGCUGAACAGCUGGGGGUGGCCAGACUGCUGGACCCCGAGGAUGUAGAUGUUCAGUCUCCUGACGAAAAAUCAGUCAUCACAUAUGUCUCAACACUGUACGAUGCCUUCCCCAAAGUACCUGAUGGUGUUGAUGGAAUCAAUCCUAAUGAUGUGGAUAUCAAAUGGGUGGAAUACCAGAACAUGAUCAAAUACCUCAGCCAGUGGAUCAAACACAAUGUGGCCAUAAUGUCAGACAGAUCAUUCCCCAACAACCCUGUGGAACUCAAGGCACUUUAUACACAGUAUCUGCAGUUUAAAGAACAUGAAAUCCCAGUGAAAGAGAAUGAGAAGACAAAAAUCAAAAAUCUCUACAAAAUGCUUGAGAUGUGGAUCGAGUUUGGACGUAUACACUUACCCCAGGGUCAUCACCCCAAUGAUGUGGAGAAGGAAUGGGGUAAAUUAAUUGUUGCCAUGUUGGAAAGAGAGAAGAGCCUGAGGCCUGAGGUGGAAAGGCUUGAGAUGUUACAGCAGAUUGCCAACAGGGUCCAGCGGGACUGUGUUAACGGAGAGGACAAGCUGGCGUUGGCACAAACAGCCCUACAGUCUGAUGCAAAACGUCUUGAGUCUGGAAUUCAGUUCCUCCAUGAAGCUGAGAUAGCUGGCUACUUGUUAGAAUGUGAGAAUAUCCUCAGACAACAGGUGGUGGACAUCCAAAUUCUCCUGGAUGGGAAAUUCCCCUUUGCGGAUCAACUAGUCCAAAGGGUAUCAAAACUCCGGGAUGACCUUCUAACCCUGAGAGCUGAGUGUUCUUCUGUGUACAGCAAAGGCCGAACCCUGACAACAGAACAAACCAAAAUGAUGAUCUCUGGCAUCACCCAAAGCCUGAACUCUGGCUUCUCCCAGAACCUCAGCACAAACCUGACACCAGCCCUUACUCCUGCACUCACCCCAGGGGGGCUAGGUACCCCUGGGUCCACAUUCACCUCUAGCCUUACACCGUGCCUGACCCCGUCCUUGACCCCUGCCUUGCAGCCUGCUUCAGUCCAGAGCUACAUGGGGAGUGGUGGCAGCAUGGACCCAGGCAGCCUCAUGCAGUUGAAACACAUGCAGAUCCGCAAGCCCUUACCGAAAUCCUCACUGGCAGACUCCAAUAUGACAGAAGAGGAGGUCAACAUGAAGUAUGUUCAGGAACUCCUGAACUGGGUGGAAGAGAUCCAGGUGCAGCUGGACCGUUCCGAGUGGGGAUCUGAUUUGCCAAGUGUGGAAAUGCAUUUAGAGAACCACAAGAGUGUACAUAGAGCCAUUGAAGAAUUUCAGAUGAGUCUUAAAGAUGCCAAACUGAGUGAAAUUCAGAUGACCAUUCCCCUGAAGCUAACUUAUUCAGACAAACUGAACAAACUAGAAAAGCAGUAUGAAAGCCUAUUAAGCUGUUCAAGGGAGCGGCAAAGCCACCUGGAAAACCUGCACGACUUUGUGUCACAGGCAACUCAAGAGCUCAUCUGGCUGAAUGAGAAGGAGGAAGAGGAGGUUGCCUUUGACUGGAGUGAUCGCAACAGCAACAUCUCCAAGAAAAGAGACUACCAUGCAGACCUGAUGAGGGAGCUGGAUGAAAAGGAGGAAGCGAUCAAGUCGGUGCAGGACAAGGCAGAACGCCUUAUGCUCAAGAACCACCCAGCCAAGCUAACUAUUGAAGCAUACAGAGCUGCCAUGCAGACGCAGUGGAGCUGGAUUUUACAGCUCUGCUCAUGUGUCGAACAGCAUCUCAAGGAGAAUGCUGUUUAUUUUGAGUUUUUCAGUGAUGCCAAAGAGUCCAUGGACUACCUUAAGAGCCUGCAAGAUAGCAUUCAAAGGAAAUACAGCUGUGAUCAAACAAGCAGCCUACACAGACUGGAAGACCUCAUUCAGGAGUCCAUGGAUGAGAAAGAGCAGCUCCUUCAGUACCGCAGCACUGUAGCUGGUUUAGUGGGCAGGGCCAAAAAUAUUGUGCAGCUCAGACCCAGGAACCCUGAAAGCCCUGUGAGAUCCUCCAUCCCUGUAAAAGCCAUCUGUGAUUAUCGUCAAAUAGAGAUUACUAUUUAUAAAGAUGAUGAGUGUGUAUUGGCCAAUAACUCUCACCGGGCUAAGUGGAAAGUCAUCAACCCAGCAGGGAAUGAGGCCAUGGUGCCCUCUGUUUGUUUCACCGUGCCUCCACCCAACAAAGAGGCUGUUGAUAUGGCAACGAGAACUGAGCAGUUAUACCAGAAUGUCCUGGCACUGUGGCACCACUCCCACAUCAACAUGAAGAGUGUGGUGUCUUGGCAUUAUCUAACGGCUGAUAUACGAGCCAUCCGCAACUGGAAUGUGGCCUCAAUAAAGACCAUGUUGCCAGGUGAGCAUCAGCAGGUCUUGACCAACCUGCAGUCCCACUUCGACGAGUUCCUGGAAGACAGCGAGGAUUCUGAGGUGUUCACAGUGGCAGACUGCGCCCAGCUAGAGAGAGACGUCGCGGCCUGCAAGGAAUACUACCAGGAAUUGCUCAUAUCUGCUGAGAGAGAGGAACGCGAGGAGUCGGUGUACAAUAAUUACAUCUCAGAAAUACGCAACUUCCGCAUGCAUCUGGAGGCCCAUGAAGAACACCUGAUCAGGCAAAUCCGCACACCACUUGAGAGGGACGACCUGGAGCAGAGUCUCCAGCGCAUCAAGGAGCAUGAGAGGAAAACGGCAGAGCUGAAUAAAUUGAAGGAGGAUCUUGAUGUCAUGAAGGAGAAGUGUGAGCUGUUCCUCAGACAGGCUGCAGGUUCUCCGUCCAUACCAACGCUUUCGUCUGAACUUACCGUCCUCCUUCAGAGCAUGAGCCAAGUGCACUCCAUGUCUUCCAUUUAUAUGGACAAACUGAAAACGGUGAGCUUAGUGGUGAAGCACAGCCAGAGUGCAGAGGCACUAGUUAAAGUCUACGAAUCCAAACUCUAUGAGGAAGAUGCCAUGAACUCUGAUGUCAAGUCCAUAGAGAAUGUCAUUUCAACACUUAAGCAAUGGCGAACAGAGAUUGAUGAGAGGCAAGAGGUGUUCCAUGACAUGGAGGAUGAGCUGCAGAAAGCACGAGUGAUCAGUGACCAUAUGUUUAAGGCCCACAAUGAGCGUGACUUUGACCUCGACUGGCACAAGGAGAAAGCUGAUCAGCUGAGUGAAAGAUGGCAGAACAUUCACUCCCAGAUUGAUAGCAGGCUUCGGGACCUGGAUGGUAUCAACAAAUCUCUGGAACACUACAGAGACUCUUACAGUAGUCUUGAUGAAUGGGUUAGAGAAAUGGAAGCAGCCCAACUAAAGGCUCAAGAAAACAAACCUGAUGAUAGCAAGGCAUUGGCUGAGCUGUUAAACAAACAGAAGGUCCUUGUUGCUGAAAUUGAACAAAAACAGAGCAGAAUUGAUGAGUGUCAGAAGUACUCAGAGCAGUACUCAUCUGCCAUUAAGGAUUAUGAACUCCAGCUGAUGACCUUCAGAGCAAUGGUUGACUCCCAACACAAAUCUCCUCUCAAGAAACGGAGGAUGCAGAGCUCUUCUGAUACCAUUCAGCAGGAGUUCAUGGAUCUCCGAACCCGCUACACUGCUCUUGUGACUCUCAUGACGCAGUAUGUGAAGUUUGCCAGUGAAACACUGAAGAGAACUGAAGACGAAGAGAGAUCUGUUGAUGAGGAGAAGAGAGAGCACGGUGAUAAAGUUAACAAACUUUUGCACUGGAUGUCCAAUGUGAAACAGACCCUGAACAAUGAUGGGAAUGCUCUGAAAGAUAGCAAUGCCAACACAGAUGCUUCUAAUAAACCCCAGGUGUCAGUUGAAGAAAUGGUCACUAAGAAGGAACAAAUUGCAGAAGCACUGAGGGCGACACAAAUGAUGCUGAACAAACACAGUGACAAAAUGACAGAAGAGGAAAGAGAGAAGAUCCAGGAUCAGCUGAAGGCUCUCAAUCAAGCUUACAGUGAACUCUCCCAACAGUGUUCCGAUCAGACAACCUCUGCAGAAGAGGAUUUUAAAUCCCCUGAUGGCUUUGUUGGACUUGGGACUGGAACCAUCAGUUGCCCGGCUGAUCAGAUGACUUGGAUCACUCUCACAGAGGCCCAACUCAUGACCCCUGAUGCUCUCAAACAAGAUCUCAUUUACAAGUCAACACUGAACCACAUGCCAGGGCUGAGUGAUGAAAAUAAGUGCAUACAGAGUUCACAUGUCUCCUCUGUGUCCCUCUCUGACAUAGCAGCAGCAAGGGAAGGGCCCACGAGUGAUGAUCUGGUCAUCAAGAUGAUAGAGGUCAAACAAGUCAGUGAUCAAGUGCAGGUGUGCUACACAGGAGACACACUAACACUGGAGAGGGCUUUUCAGUGUGGUUUAAUACCUGCUUCUGUCUAUGUAAAGAUUCUUCAGAGGCAAAAGACCUGUCAGGAUAUGAUAAAUCCUAGCAGCGCUGAAAAUGUGUCACUCUUAGAACCUGAGGAGGAGUCUGAACCUUGUGAGGUCAAUAGACUGAUAUUAAAUUGCCUCAGCAGAAAUAGAUCACUGACACCAGGGAUGAAUAUUAACCCUCUGAGGUCUGUUUGUGAUGGUUUAAGUGAUCAGGAGACCAUAUCAAGGCUAUUAGGUGCUCAGGGUGAUGUAGGUGACCCCAAAGAGAGUCAGAGUGUAACCAGUGAGGUGGCAGAGGAUGUUGGUUACCUCCAAAAUGACUACAGGCUAAAGGUGGAUGCAGCUGUUCAGUGUGAUUUGAUGAGCUCUAGCAGCACACUCGUUAUGCUUGGAAAUCAGCAGGAGUUUAUGGGACUUGUGUCGCCUCACUCUGGGGAAAUUCAAACUGUGUCCACCUCAUUCCACUGUCAUCAACAAAUCACCCCCAAUGAGUUUACCAGCAGACUUUUCAGUAAUCGGCAGAAAAUAGCAGCUUUUUACAUUCCAGAGAAUUCGGAGAUGGUAGAUAUCACCUCCGCCAUUCACAGUGGUUUGAUUGACAAUUAUACAGCAGAAGUUUUAAAAUCUAUAGAAAUUCCUGAUGUGUUUCCUGAUUUUGAUCACUUUAAUGGAAAGUUUUCAUCUUGGCUCAUGUAUAAAAAACUCACACUUGAUGGAUGCUAUCAUGCUGCAGAUUGCUUAAAAGUUGACAACAUCCCUACUCCCGCAGAGUCAAGGCAGUUAUUCAUCUCCUACCUAAUGAUAAACAGUUACAUCGAACCAGGGUCAGGAAAGAGGAUCCUAAUACUUGAUAGACAGCUGAGUAAAACAGUUAAAAUUUUCCUUGAAGAUUUGAUAUUUUCUGAAAACACUGAUAAAAAUGUAAGCUCUCACACUUUAAAUGUUGGUGAUCCUUCAGAACAGUUACAUUUAGAUAUACCGCUGCACAUAAAUGAGGAAACAGAAGAGUUAAUGAAAACCACGGAACGCAUGUUUGAUCCUCACACAUUUGAUCCUCAUGAUUUUGUUUCCUCGGCUGAUGGAAGAAUGACCUUUGAUGAAAACACCUAUGCAUGUGACAAAGAUCCUUUCAAGGAAUGUUCCGAUACCACAGAGUCUGAUGCAGAGAAAACGAUGUUUCAAAACAACACAAAUUGGACAAAGGCUGGUGAAUUUGUAGAGAGAAUUUGUGGAAAUAGAUUACAAAUUGAUGUUGGAGGUGCUGUUAGUGAAGGUCUUGAUAUUCCAACUUCUGUAGAGAUGUCAGUCCUCCCCACUUUAAAUUCUGUGAAAAGCACAGAUGUUGACUCACCAUUCAGGAUGUAUGACUCUGAGUCUUCAAUGAAAUCUUGCUAUCAUACACUACCACACUAUAAUGCUGAGUCACUUUGCAGUGCAUCAAGAAAUAUCGAUAUUAACCCAGCUGAGUUGUUAUGCUCUGAGGACUUGUUGGAGGGUGAAGAUGAGCGAGACUAUGCCAUUCAUCUUCUGAAAGCACAAAUGGAGGAAGGGGGCAUUUUAGAUGUUACCUCUGGGAGACAUUAUGACGUGGAGGCAGCUCUCAAUAAGGGCCUAGUUGACGAGACGGCAAUACUGAAACUGCUUGACCUACAGUCAGGUGAAAAGGGAGGUGUUGUAGGGGAUGAAGAGGGCUCAAUGUCUGUUUUAAAACAGACACUAUCAGAUGGAUCCAUAUCCUCAAAUAUCGCUCUUCCUACAAUGGAACAGCAGAGGCCUUCAAGGUCUGUUUGCUCCAUUAGUAUCAGUGAGUCUUUGCAGUCUAGAUUAGUUACUGAUGCUCCUAAGAGCCUCAACCUAGAUCCCAAAGCUGGCAUUUACCCAGAAGAACAUUGCAGCAAGUCCAUGUCUGUUGAUCGUAAUCUGGGUUUAAUUAAUAUAAAUGAGGCUCAAAACACGCAGCAGCUGACUGAAAGCAAGGUUGCUGUCAUGGUUCAUGAUUUCACAAAUGAGGAAGGUGAUAAAGAGAAUGGAAAUGCAUUAGAAUGUGUGACAGGAGGAAAUGUAAAAGAGAUGAGUAAUUAUCUACAUAAUUCCCCUCCCUCAGUUAGGGGUCAUGAGACUCCAAUGAUCUCACCCUCCUCAUGGAGUCAGGUUACUGCACAGUGUAUUCAUCACACAGACAGAUUGCCUUUACUGGCUGAAGGCACUGACUCACAGGUCUUAAUCAAUAGCCAGCCGACAGAUAGAGCCGAUGUAUCCAGUGUUGUGGUAGAAAACGCUGUUCCAACCAUCCAGUCACGUCCAUCUAGUCUGAGUGACAGAACCUCCAACAGCAACACUGAUCCAGAAAGCCCGACUUAUCACUCUUGUAAAUCUGACAGUUUACCCAUUCAUAAUGAAUUUUUCAUCGCUGGAUACAAUGCCCAACUGGGUAAUCAGACAGUUACUGAAUGCGACUUAGACAUGCCCUCAUCUCAUCACAAUGUGUUGUCUGAGGAAAGUAGAAUGGAGAAUGACACAAGUGCUGUUCAGUCACCUUUGGACACAGAGCCAACUCCAAGUAUAGAUUACUCAUCAUCCAGGGAUUUGGUUGAAAGUGCAGUUAUCUCAGUUUCCAGGGGUGAUUGUAACUACGACAAAAACAUUACAGAAGAUGGCAGCAGAAUCACAUUACCUCAGCAAGCACAGCUUUAUUCAGAAAGUGAUUAUAGUUUUGAAUCAGAGCCCAGAGGCUCUCAAAAUGGUCAGAGACCUCCACAACAGUUGAACUCCUCCUCUCAGUUACCUGUUGUUUCCAGUGAAAUCACUGCAUCAAAUACUGUCACUUAUAGGAGCUGCGAUAUAGAAAAUGCAGAGUGUUACACUCCAACAACCACUGCAGUUUCUCUUGAAACAGUUCUGACUAAUAAGGAUUUGUUAGACCCAAAGCACAGUGGUGCAGAUGACAUUGAGUUACACUCAGAGCGGCUUUCCCCAGAGAGGCAACAUGAGGAAAUGUAUAGCAAUUCUGAGCAGAUCUCUGUGUCAGGAAAUGAGAAAGAAAAUGCAUAUAUUGAUGGAAAUGUCUGCUGUUUAAAUCCACCUUCUGCAUCAUCAGACAUCAACUCAGGACAGUCUGAAACUAGAAUGAGAAAAGGGUUAGGAUCUGAUACUCUACCAGACAGGAAUAUAUUAGAUAUGCAUGCUUCUGAAAAUCCACAGGUAGUUGCUGAAUUCCUGUCAGACAGCAGCAAUACAUCUGAUGUUGCCUCUUCAGCUCCAUCAGUGUUUUCUAAUGCUGUAAGGACACGUGUAGAUGACCAGGAGGAAAUUAUUACAAAGGGGACUAAUGUCAGUGAUUUGCAAAAGUCACAAACUCAAGACAUUGAAAACACUAUUGCUAUACUUCAGAAUACUCCACAAAGUUUAGACGAAGGCAGUUUUCAUGAGAGAGACACACCACAUGAGAGCAGUCACCCAGAUCUUUGCAUUGAUUUGCUGGAGCAAAACGCCCUCAGUUUGAACAACAAAGAACAAGAAAACCCAAAAUUGAUACUGCAGGAAGAGAAAGUUAAUGAGGAGACAGAAAAGUCGGAUGUUCCAAAUAUCCAGCUGCAACUACUGCAGGUUCUUAAGACUGUUUCCUCAAGCCAAGACCUUUCAAUGCUUCAGGAAGUGAUGGACACUCUAAACAGUGCUCUGGGGGUUGAGUCUCAGGAGGACCGGCAGCUAAAGCUGGAGAGCAUCAAAGAGGAGAGCUCAGAGGGAGAGGAUGAGGGGUCAGCAGAUGACGGUCACUUUGCUGCAGAUGGUCCCAGACCAUCUCCUCAGUCGUCUGCCAACUCAGAUGCCUGCAAAGUUGAGGAGGUCAAAAAUAAGCGGUUCUCCAUCCAGGAUUAUUUGGAGUGUGUUGGGAGACUGCAGGAUCACGCUGAUGUUUUAGAUGAUGUCAGAAAAGGCCUUUUAAUCCAGGAACCCUUGGGCAGCAACAUGGAAGAACUGCAGAUACAAAUAGAGGAAUGUCAGUCUUUGGAGUCCCAACUUUCUAGACUGGCUGGUGUUCUGACAGUAGAUGUUGAGAAGGCCAAACAGCUCUUAAGUUCUGCUGAUGACGACAUCCCUGCACAAAUCCACCAAGAUUUGACCUCAAUAUAUCUGGAGUUAGAGCCAAAUUUUACUGCUGUUUCACAACUGUGUGAAGAAAAGAGUCACUCACUAAUUCAAGCAAUGGAAACAGAGAAGCUACAUUUGGAAUCAACGUACCAGAAACAUCUCCGUGAUCUUGAUGAACUAGCGGGCCUCAUCCAAAAUAACUCUGAGAUGCAGGGCGUGGACUUGAACACGUGUGACAUGGACACGCUGAAACAUUUGAUUCAGCAGAACAAGGACACAGAGAGCAAUCUGCUAAAAGAAGCCAGGCUCAAGUUAGAGGAUGUCACAUUUGAUAUCCAGUGCUUUAUCUCUGAGCACGCUCAGUUCCUGAUUCCAGCUCAUAGCAGCUACCUCCUCAAGUUCCUCAGCACCACUCAGCGAGCUUUCAGGGACCAGACAGAGAGGCUUGAUACAUACAGGAGUACCUUGGAUGUCCUACUGGACACCAGGGAGAGGGAAAACCUGGAGAAGUCUUUAUUGGAGAGGCACAGGGAGUUUACAGAGAAAUUGGAGGAGGUGUGUGAUAAUCUCACCUUGACAGAGAACCGCCUUAUUGGUCAUCAGCAACAGGCUGACAUUGCUGAGUGUGUCACAGAUCUGCAGCAGUACCAGCAGGAGCAUCAGGCUCUACAAAAAGACGUAUUGACAAAUGCCAGUGCCUUGAAUGAGGUGAUCACUAGUACUAAUAAAUUUCUGGAUGAAAACCGGAACAAGCUGAUGCCAAAUCAAAUUGCCAUCAUUGAGAGCAAGUUGGAAGAGGCUAAAAGCAAAGCCAAGCUCAUCAACCAGAGGGCUGAGGAGUCCAGGAAAGAUUUGGAGAAGGUUGUUACCACAGCCAUAAAACAGGAGAGUGAGAAGGCAGCAGCUGUUGAGCGGCUCGAAGAAAGUAAGAACAAAAUUGAAGGUCUUCUAGACUGGAUAUCCAACAUAGGGAAUGAAAACGAGAAGGGCCUGGAUCAAACUGACCAUAUAAAGAAAGAGAAUGGAAACCUGCCAGAGGAAACCUCAGCCAAGGGACUGUUAGAGGAGGAUGAUGAUGCCAAUGGAAACGCUUUACAGAGCACUGAAAAAGAUUUUGGCAGAGAGACCGGUGGCAAGAACGAGGCCUCCAUGGACCUCGAUAAGCAGUAUGACAGGGUCAAGACUCGUCAUCAGGAGAUUCUGUCUCAACAACAGGAUCUGAUCAUGGCCACCCAGUCAGCUCAGGCUCUGCUCGACAAGCAAGCCAACAUGUUGUCCCCAGAGGAGAAGGAGAAACUGCAGAAGAACAUCCAGGAACUGAAGGGACGCUACGAGGCCUCACUGACGCAGGCUGAACAGCAGAUGAAGCUGGUGCAGUGCGCCCAGGAGGAGCUGAAGAAGUUCCAGGAUGACUGUGAGGAGUUUGAGGGCUGGUUGAACCAGGCGGAAGGAGAGAUCGAGGGGCUGGGCGCUCCUGCAGGAUCACUCAAUAUCCUCAGUGACAAACUCCAGCGACAGAAGAGCUUCUCAGAAGAUGUGAUUUCUCACAAAGGGGACCUCCGCUUCAUCACCAUUUCAGGACAAAAAGUGCUGGAUGUAGCAAAAGCCUGUGGAUUGGGUGACCCUGCGGCUAAGAAUGCUCCGCUUUACGUAGAUACUUCAGGAACCUGUUCUGCUGUCAAGGAUAAGCUGGACUCAGCAGCAAGUCGAUACAAAACACUACACUCACAGUGCAAUCAGCUUGGCAACAACCUCAAAGAUGUGGUUGACAAAUACAAGAAAUAUGACGACUGCAGUGUUGGUCUUUUGAAGUGGCUCAACAGUUCAGAGGAGGAGGCGAGAAAGCAGCAAUCGGAGGCCAUAGCAGCUGACCCACAAACACUACAGAAGCAGCUGGAAGAGACCCAGGCCCUAAAAGGUCAGAUGACAGGGCAUCAGACUGCUAUUGAAACACUUCGCAAAACAGUCGAGUCUUUGGUCACAUCUGAAGGAGACCUGCUGAGCAACCCAGAUGAGAUCCAGGAGACAGUAGAUGACAUAGUGGAGCGCUAUGACAACCUAUCUAAGUCUGUAAGUGAUCGAAAUGAGAAACUGCAGAUCACUCUGACUCGCUCCAUGAGUGUCCAGGAUGGUUUGGAUGCAAUGAUGGGAUGGAUGGAGGGAGUGGAGGCCAGCGUGAAAGAGAAAGGACAAAUUCCCCUAGACUCUGCAUCUAUUGGAGAUAUCCUCAGCAAAGAAGCAGCAUUAGAGCAGGACAUAGCAAGUCGCCAGAGCAGCAUCUCAGCAAUGAAAGCCAAGGUGAAGAAGUUUGUGGAGACGGCAGAUCCCACUGCCGCUGCGCUUCUGCAGUCUCAGAUGGAUGCUCUCUCUCAGCGCUUCACUGAUGCUUGCGACAAACACAAGCAAAAAGUUUCCCAACUGGAGCAGCUGAAAGAUAAGGUGGAACAGUUUGAGACGGUCGCAGAUAAAGUUCAGGAGUUUGUCGUGAAGCGUUCGCAAGAUCUACAUGAGACAGACGGGCCAGGGAAAACCUUCGAUGAACUGUCUCAGCUAAUGCAGAGUACUAAAGCUGAGAUGGCUGAACAUGCCAGUGAUUUGGAGAAGCUGCAGACCCUGUCCAAAGAGCUCUCUGAAAUGAGCCCUGAUGGAAACAAAGCCCAGAUCCAGAGCAGGAUGGACAAUCUCUCGAAUAUUUUCACCACCUUUAAAGACACUGUCAAAGAAAAAGAAGAAGAGGUAUCAUCCUGUCAGGAGCAGCUGGGAGAGUUCAGAUCUGCAGCCAGUGCGCUCACCAAGUGGCUGGAGGAGACCAAUGAGAAAGUACCUGCAGUUCAGCCAAGCAGCAGUGAGAAAAGUCUGGAGAAGGACCUGCGGAUAGUCACUGGAUUAUUAGAUGAAUGGACAUCCAAAGGCCCUGUUGUCCAAGACCUGAACAGUAAAGGAUCAGCGCUGUGUAGUCUCAUUACUUUCCUCACAUCCCCUGCCAAAACAAAGGCACCUAACAAGUCAGCUCUUACUAAUGGUGGUGGUCCAGCGAGCCAUUCCUACCUAACUAAUAAAGAGCUCAUGGUAAUUCAGCAGAACAUGUCAUUCGUCAACGAGGGAUACGCGAACCUCGGGGAAACGCUAAAGAGUCGAGUCAAAGAGCUGAGUAGCUCGGUGCAGGAGGUGAAAGAGGCCCAAAAGGAGACGGAGGACAUGAUGACAUGGCUGAAGGACAUGAAGAAGACUGCAGCAUCAUGGAACAAUACAGCCACAGAGAAAGAUUCAGUGAAAACACAGCUUGAACAGCAGAAGGCAUUUGAGGACGACAUGAAGCAAAAACAGGAGCAGCUCCAAAAGCUCAGAGAGAAGCUCGUCGACUUGAUUAAGACUAAUCCAAACUCCCCAGAGGCAGCAAAAUGGAAGCAGAUGCUUGAAGAAAUAGAUGCUGCUUGGGCGGAUAUCAGUGGCUCUGUAGAGGAGAGGAAGCUGCACCUGGAGCAGUCCAACAAGAAUCUGGACAUCUUCCAAACAACUGAGCUGCAGCUUGGUCAGUGGCUUUCAGAGAAGGAACUGAUGAUGAGUGUCCUUGGACCCCUUUCGAUAGACCCCAACAUGCUUAAAAUGCAGAAGCAGCAAGUUCAGAUCCUCCAGAAUGAAUUUAAGAGCCGUAAACCUCAGUAUGAGCAACUUGAGGAAGCUGCCUCAGCCAUCCUAAGCUCCUCAGGCAACCAGGACCAGGACCCCUCAAGCUGGAAGCUGGUGAGGGAGCAGCUCGCUGCCGUAACCCAAAAGUGGCAAGGCCUCACGGGACAGCUGGACCAGCGAGACAGUCUCAUCGACCAAGCUGUGGUGAAGACAGGGCAAUUUCAAGAGUUACUGAGGAGUCUCAGUCAGACUGCCAGUCAGCUAGAAAAUCAGCUAACUGACCAUCAGGGCCACAGCACGCAGCACGAUGCUGUGAAGAAGCAGUUGGAGGAUGUCCAUAACAUCUCAGCUCAGCUCAGAGAGGAGAGGAAGAAGCUGAAGGAAGCUGAGGCCAUCAACGCAGAGCUCACGGCGAUGGUGACUGAGGACUAUCUGAAAGCAGACUUAGCCAGGCAGCUGGAGAGUGUCAGUAAGCCUUUCACACAGCUGGAAGAGAAAGCAGCAAAACGGAUCGAGCAGCUGAACUCAACCUUUGCCAGCUCUCAGCAGUUCCAUCAGUCUUCAAAAGACUUCCAGUCAUGGCUUGGUGAGAAGCUCCAGGAGCAGUCUAAGCCCCAGCCUAUCUCUGCCAAAGUGGACAUCCUGCAACAAACCCUGGAGGAGCACAGUAAACUCCAGAAGGCUCUCAGUGAACAUGAAGAGGCUUAUAACACAAUCAUUGGGGAAGGGGAGAUGCUUCUGCAGAACACUGAUGGUGCAGAAAAGAUGGCAAUACAAGGGCAGCUCAAUACCCUCUCUUCCAACUGGGAGGAUGUGAAGAAGAGCUCUGCCGAGCAGGCUGAUAAACUCCAGAAUGCUCUGCAGAGAUCUUUGAAGUAUCAGGAGCAUGCAGAGAAGCUCAGCUCAUGGAUUCAGGAGUGUGAAGCUAGCGAGGGCCGAGUCAAACUCACCGUUGACCCCGUUGCUGUCGAGAGCUCCUUAUCUCAGGUUAAAGCUCUCCAGAAGGAUGUUGACAAGCACCGAGGGAUGGUGGAGCAGCUCAACACGGCUGCAGAUAGCCUUCUUGAGCUCGCCAACACAGGCACUCAUGAUAUAAAAGAGGAGAAGGCUAGCAUUGGCAGAAGAGUGGACAAUGUAGAGGAGGGUCUGCAGAGCAAGAGGGAAUCCCUGGAGAAGAUCUCACACAUAGUUAAAGAAUUUAAUGAUGCCUACAAAGAGGCAAAGGGACAGCUUGAGGGAGCUAAGAAGCAGGUAGAUACAUAUGAAUCACAGGGAGCGCAGGGUCACAGCAAUAAAAACUUGACCAACAUGAAAGCCCAACAUAAAAGUUUAGAGGGUGUGCAGAACCAAGUAGAGCACCUGAAGAGCUUGGCCAAGAACCUUGUAGUAGAUGUCCCAGAUGCUGAUGGAGUGACAGACCUCUUACUGCAGGCUGACAGCAUUGAAAAAGACUACAGCACCCUGAACAAGAAGCUUGAGGAGACGUGCCAAGUCUUGGAGGGUAAACUGCAGGGUAUUGGGCAGUUCCAAAACAGCAUCCGUGAGAUGUUUACCCGUUUCACAGACCUGGAUGAUGAGCUGGACAGCAUGGCUCCUGUUGAUCUUGACUUGGCCACUCUCAAAGAACAGCAGGAGAGCAUCCAGAGCUUUGUGGCUAAGCUGAAAGAGCUAAUGGCUAACACAGCAAAUGCUGGUGACAGCUGUAAGAAAAUGCUGGAGACUGAAACCUCACCUGACCUGUUAGGCCUGAAGAGAGAUCUGGAUACUCUGAGUAAGCAGUGUGGUAAACUGUUGGACAGAGCCAAAGGCAGAGAAGUGCAGGUUCAGAGUACUCUCACCAAGCUAGAGGAACUGUACGGUAAACUCCACCAAAUGGAAGAUAAACUUAGCAGAGCUGUGGAGAAGGAGGCGUCCCAAGAGGCGGUCGGCAUGGAGACAGACAUCAUCAACCAACAAUUGGAGGCCUUUAAGGCUUUCCAGAAAGAGGACAUUGAUCCAUUGCAGACGCGGCUUCAAGACAUCCACUCCCUCGGCCAGGGCCUGAUCCAGAAUGCUGGCAAAGGCACCAGCACAAAGAAGCUUGAAGAUGACCUUGAGGGUGUCAACGCAAAGUGGAAUACCCUCAAUAAAAAGAUUGCUGAACGUUCAGCCCAGCUUCAUGAAGCCCUAUUGCAUUGUGGGAGGUUCCAGGAUGCUCUGGAGUCCCUGCUCAGCUGGUUGACUGAUACAGAGGAGCUCAUGGCCAAUCAAAAACCUCCAUCUGCAGAGUUCAAAGUAGUCAAGGCACAGAUACAAGAGCAGAAACUCUUACAGAGACUGCUGGAUGACCGAAAGCCGACAGUGGAGCUGAUAAAAAAAGAGGGGGGGAAGGUCGCAGAGCUGGCAGAGUCUACAGAUAAGGAGAAAGUUGCAAAAGAGAUCGAAUGCCUGGGGCAGAGAUGGGACACGCUGCUCAAGAAGGCUGAAAACCGGCACAAGCAACUAGAGAGUAUCCUAGUGGUCACUCAGCAGUUCCAUGAGACUCUGGAGCCCCUGAGCGAGUGGCUCGCCGCCACAGAGAAACACCUGGCCAACUCUGAGCCAGUUGGUACUGAGACAUCUAAGCUGGAAGAUCAGAUCUCUCAACAUAAGGCCUUAGAGGAGGAGAUUAUGAAUCACAGUAAAGACCUGUUUCAGGCCGUCAGUCUGGGUCAGGUGCUCAAAACUGUGAGCUCAGUGGAUGAUAAGGAGUUUGUUCAGUGCAAACUGGACGCCAUCCAGGCCAAUUACAUAGAGCUCCAGGAGCGAUGCAGGAGGAAAGCCGAGAUGCUGCAGCAGGCUCUGGCAAACGCCCAGCUGUUUGGAGAGGAUGAAGUGGCUCUCAUGAACUGGCUCAAUGAGGAGCACACAAGGCUGGGUGAAGUGUCCGUGGAGGACUACAAAAUAGAUGUUCUUGAAAAGCAGCUGGCAGAACAACGGGCAUUACAAAGUGAUAUUGAGUUGAGGAAGAAGAAUGUUGACCAAGCCAUCUCUAAUGGGUUGGAGCUACUGAAGCAAACAACAGGUGAUGAGGUGGUUGUUAUCCAAGGCAAACUGGACGGUAUAAAAACCAAAUAUGCAGAGAUCAACUCUAUGAGUGACAAUGUUUUGAAGAAACUGGAGUGUGUUUUGAGUCUCUCUUCUAAGCUACAACACACUCAUGAGCACCUGAGCUCCUGGCUAGAGAAAGUAGAGGCUGAGAUCAGUGCUUUUGCUGAUCAGGAGCCAGUGGGCGAGCAGCUCAUCCAUGCACAAAGCAGGCAGAGGGCCUUGUUGAAGGAGACCAAAGACCAAAAAUCUGUGAUGGACAAGCUGAAUGAGUUGAGCAGUUCUCUCCUGGAUCUGAUCCCCUGGCACACUCGUGAGGGUCUGGACAAGCUGGUGACUGAGGAUAAUGAGCGGUACAGAGCCUUCUGUGACACCGUCACCCAGCAGGUUGACCAGAUCAACGCUGACAUGCUCAAGUCACAGCAGUUUGAACAGGCUGCAGAUACUGAACUCUCCUGGCUGACUGAAGCUGAGAGAAAGCUGCUGUCAAUGGGUGAGAUCAGGCUGGAGCAAGACCAAAACACAGCUCAGCUCCAAGCACAAAAGAUUUUCUCCAUGGACAUCAUGAGGCACAAAGAUGCUGUGGAUGAGAUUGUCAAAACAGGAAAGGCAAUCAUGAACAGCAAAAAUCCAGAGGAGAAAGAAAUCUUGAAGGCCAAGACCCAGACUCUCUUGGAGAAGUACAGUGUCGUGAGUCAGCUGAACUCAGAGCGCUGUCUGCAGCUGGAGCGAGCCCAGUCUCUGGCCAGUCAGUUCUGGGAGACCUAUGAGGAGAUGUGGCCGUGGCUGCAAGAAACCUUGACCACCUUCAGCCAGCUGCCCCCACCUGCCAUCGAGUACGAAACACUCAGGCAGCAGCAAGAGGAGCUCAGGCAAAUGAGAGAGCUGAUUGCCGAGCACAAGCCCCACAUUGACAAGAUGAAUAAGACCGGGCCUCAGUUACUUGAACUCAGUCCAGUGGAGGGAGUGCCCAUCAGAGAGAAGUACACAGCUACUGACCAACUUUACACCAAACUGAAGGCUGAUGUCAAGCAGAGAGCUGCCACUCUGGAUGAGGCCAUCUCCAAAUCCACUCAGUUCCACGAUAAAAUUGACCCCAUGCUGGAAUCCCUGGAACGGAUCGCUGAACGCCUGCGACAGCCUCCGUCCAUCUCAGUGGAGGUGGACAAGAUCAAGGAGCAGAUUACUGAGAAUAAGGCCGUGUCUGUGGAUCUGGAGAAACUGCAGCCUUCUUAUGAAACACUGCGACAGCGAGGCGAGGAGAUGAUUGCACGUUCUGAAGGGGCCGACAAGGACAUAUCCGCUAAAGCUGUACAAGACAAACUGGACCAGAUGGUGUUCCUGUGGAACGACAUCCAGGCCUUGCAGGAGGAGCGGGAGGCGAAGCUGCUGGAUGUGAUGGACCUGGCAGACAAGUUCUGGUGUGACCACUGCGCCCUCAUCGUCACUAUCAAAGACAGCCAGGACCUGCUGAGAGAUUUGGAGAAGCCUGGAGUCGAUCCCUCGGUCGUCAAACAGCAGCAGGAGUUUGUGGAGGGAUUUAAAGAGGAGAUCGAUGGGCUGCAGGAAGAGCUUGAUGUGGUUCAAAACCAGGGGGCAGAGCUUAUGACUGCCUGCGGGGAACCUGAUAAACCUGUGAUAAAGAAAAGUCUUGAUGAGGUGAAUUCAGCGUGGGAGACUCUCAAUAAGACUUGGAAGGAGAGAGUAGAGAGACUGGAAGAAGCCAUGCAGGCUGCUGUGCAGUUUCAAGACGGCCUGCAGGGAAUGUUUGACUGGGUCGAUAUUCUGGAGAGUAAACUGGAUUUAAUGUCACCAGUGGGCACUGACCUGGAAACUGUCAAGCAGCAGAUUGUAGAAUUCAAGGAGUUCAAAGGAGAGGCGUACCAGCUGCAGAUCGAGAUGGAGCGCCUGAACCACCAGGCGGGCCUCCUGCUGAAGAAGGUGACGGAGGAGGCCGAUCGCUGCGCCAUACAGGAGCCAAUGUCUGAGCUCAAGAUGCUCUGGGACAACCUGGAUGAGAAGAUCAUCAGCCGACAGCACAAACUGGAGGGAGGUCUUCUCGCUCUGGGCCAGUUCCAGCAUGCGCUGGACGAGCUGCUGGCAUGGAUGAGCCACACCGAGGAGCUGCUCAAUGAGCAGAGGAAGGCCGGAGGAGACCCCAAAGCCAUUGAGAUAGAGCUCGCCAAGCACCAUGUUCUCCAGAUUGAUGUGUUGGCUCAUAAAGCGACAGUUGAGACGGUGAACAAAGCUGGUAAUGAUCUGGUGGAGUCCAGCGCCGGUGAGGAAGCUUCUGGUCUGCAGACCAAACUGGAGAACCUGAACCAGCGGUGGAAAGCCAUCCUGGAGAAGACGGAGCAGAGGAAGCAACAGCUGGAGAGUGCUCUGCUUCAGGCCCAAGGUUUCCAUGGUGAGAUAGAAGAUAUGCAGCAAUGGCUGAAAGACACAGAACGUCAGCUGCUGGCAUCAAAGGCUGUGGGAGGCUUACCAGACACGGCCAGGGAGCAGCUUAACGCCCAUCUGGAGUUGUGUUCUGCCCUGGAGGCGAAGGAGGAGCUGUAUCAGGAGCUGCUGAACAAGGGGCGCCAGCUGCUCAUGAUGACAGCCGAGGGUCCCGACAGCAACACGGAGCAGGACCUCACCAACCUGAAGGAGAAAUGGGAAGCCGUGCAGGGGAAGGUUGCGGAAAGAAAGGCAAAACUAGAAGAAGCCCUGACACUGGCCACGGAUUUCCACAACUCUCUGCAGGACUUCAUCAACUGGCUGACCCAAGCAGAGCAGACCCUCAACAUGGUUUCCCCUGCUUCCCUCAUACUGGAGACCAUCAUGUUUCAGAUUGAUGAGCAUAAGAUGUUUGUGACGGAGGUGAACUCCCACAGAGAACACAUCAUUGAACUGGACAAGACAGGAACGCAUUUGAAGUACUUCAGCCAGAAACAGGACGUGGUCCUGAUCAAGAACCUGCUGCUCAGCGUGCAAGGCCGCUGGGAGAAGCUGGUGCAGAGGUCUGUUGAGCGAGGUCGGCUGCUGGAUGACACCAGGAAGAGGGCCAAACAGUUCCAUGAAACUUGGAAUAAACUGAUGGAAUGGUUGGACGAAUCUGAGAAGACUCUGGACUCAGAGGUGGAAAUUGCUAAUGAUCCAGACAAAAUCAAGACGCAGCUGGCGCAGCACAAGGAGUUCCAGAAAGCUCUGGGGAGCAAACACUCAGUGUACGACACCACCACUCGGACAGGGCGGGCCCUGAAAGACAAGACCUCCCUUCAGGAUGAUAAUCAGAAGCUGGACGACAUGUUGAGUGAACUGAGGGACAAAUGGGACACUGUCUGUGGCAAGUCAGUAGAAAGACAAAACAAGCUGGAGGAGGCCCUGUUGUUCUCUGGCCAGUUUACAGAUGCUCUCCAGGCUCUUAUUGACUGGCUGUACAAGGUGGAGCCUCAGCUGGCUGAGGACCAGCCCGUACAUGGAGACAUAGACCUGGUUCUCAACCUGAUAGACAACCACAAGGUUUUCCAGAAGGAGUUGGGAAAGAGGACAGUAAGCGUUCAGGCCCUCAAACGUUCAGCCAGGGAGCUGAUUGAGAGCAGUCACGAUGACUCUUCCUGGGUCAAAGUCCAGAUGCAGGAGUUGAGCACCCGCUGGGAGACCGUGUGCAACCUCUCGGUGUCCAAACAGGCCCGACUGGAGCAGGCCCUAUGUCAGGCUGAAGAGUUUCACUCUACUGUUCAUAUCUUGCUGGAGUGGCUGGCUGAGGCAGAGCAGAGUUUGCGUUUCCAUGGCAGCUUGCCUGACGAUGAGGAGGCUCUGCGGGCGCUUAUCGAACAACACAAGGAGUUCAUGAAGAAACUGGAGGAAAAACGAGUGGCUCUAAAUAAAGCAACCAGUAUGGGAGAGGCCAUUUUGAGCAUCUGCCAUCCAGACUCUAUCACAACCAUCAAACACUGGAACACCAUCAUUAAAGCCCGGUUUGAGGAGGUGCAGGCCUGGGCCCGGCAGCACCAGCAGCGACUGGCCACGGCUCUCACGGAGCUGUUAGCCACUCAGGAGCUGCUGGAGAAUCUGCUGACCUGGCUACAGUGGGCUGAGACCAACCUCAACGAGAAGGACAAGGAGCAGCUGCCGCAGGAGAUCGAAGAGGUCAAAAGCCUCAUAGCAGAACAUCAGGCAUUCAUGGAGGAAAUGACUAGGAAGCAACCAGAUGUGGACAAAAUCACCAAGACACACAAAAGGAAGGCUGCUGUGGAGCCCCAAAUCCAGUCUCAGAUCCCUGUGCUUGACAAAGGAAGAACUGGAAGAAAACGUUCUCCCACACAAGCGAUGUAUGCGUCAGCAACACAAGUUCCCAUUGAAACCAAGAACCCCCGGGUCAACCUUCUGGUCACUAAGUGGCAGCACGUUUGGCUGCUGGCUUUGGACAGAAGGAGGAAACUUAAUGAUGCCUUGGACAGACUGGAGGAGUUGAAGGAAUUUGCCAACUUUGACUUUGAUGUGUGGCGGAAGCGCUACAUGCGCUGGAUGAACCAUAAGAAGUCUCGUGUCAUGGACUUCUUCCGCCGCAUCGACAAAGAUCAAGAUGGCAAGGUGACCCGACAGGAGUUCAUAGAGGGCAUUCUCUCCUCCAAAUUCCCUACCAGUCGUCUGGAGAUGAGCGCUGUGGCAGACAUAUUUGACAGAGAUGGUGAUGGCUACAUUGACUACUAUGAGUUUGUGGCUGCUCUUCAUCCCAACAAAGACGCUUACAAACCACUAACAGAUGCAGAUAAAAUUGAAGAUGAGGUUACUCGUCAAGUGGCAAAAUGCAAAUGUCCAAAACGAUUCCAAGUGGAGCAAAUUGGUGCCAACAAAUACCGGUUCUACCUUGGAAACCAGUUUGGAGACUCUCAGCAGCUUCGCCUGGUGCGUAUUUUACGUAGCACUGUGAUGGUGCGGGUGGGAGGCGGCUGGAUGGCUCUGGAUGAGUUCCUGGUGAAGAACGACCCCUGUCGAGCUAAAGGCAGGACCAACGUAGAGCUGCGAGAGAAGUUCAUCCUCCCAGAGGGCACCACCCAGGUGAUGGCGAGCUUCCGCUACCGAGGUCGGAGAUCUGGGCCGUCGUCCAGAGGAGCUUCCCCCAACAGAUCCACCUCCAGUCUGAGCUGUCCAGUCCCAGCAAACCCAGCAAUGACCAGUACACCCAAGACUCCCCAACACAUAACCCGCAAUUAUGAUAAGCCCUGGCUUACAAACAGCAAACCCUCCACUCCUCUUAAAUCAUCAGACUCCUUCGGGAGCCAAGGUUCAUCCUCAGAGAGUACACCAGUCCAAGGCAGCAAAUUACGUCUUCCUGGGUACUUGUCAGGCAAAGGAUUUCAGUCCGGUGAGGAGGGAACCUUGAUCAGCGCUGCUGUACUGAAAGCUCGAACACAAACACUAGGUGAGUCAAGAAGAUAUUCCAGCCGACCGGGAAGUAAAGCCGGAAGCAGAGGGAGCAGUCGCAGAGGUAGUGACGCCUCUGACUUCGACAUCUCAGACAUCCAGUCUGUGUGCUCAGAUGUGUCUGAGACAGUUGGUGAGUCUACUAGAGCGACGCCACGCCCUGCUUCCCGCCAACGUGGAGGAAAACCCUCAAAGAUCCCCACUCCUCAAAGAAGAGCCACUCCCACAAGCAAACUGGCCAAGGGAUCCAAGCGAUAGUCGGUGGCCUUGAAAAAAAACAACCCAGGAGCUAGUUGCACCCUAAACACAUAACGGACACUGGAGAUAUCUAACUUAAAAGACUGCAAAUGUGUUGAGUGUUAUUUAAAUUGUUGCAAAGAUGUAAAAUAUUCUGUUGAGAGGCAAUAUGAUUUAAUUUAAUGUGAGAAUGGAAUGUUAAUGGCCUUGUGUAUUUGUUUUUAAUGUAUUUUAUUUUUUGUGAAAAAUGUCAAAUUGUUUUUAUUGUAUUUUAUUUUAUUGAUGCAAAACCUGUAGAGGUUUGAUGAACACUAGAAAACCUGGGAAUGACUACGUUGUACGGUAAACUAACAUUUCUACACACUAAUGAAGGGCAACACGCAGGAUAGCGCUGAGAGUUACUGAAUGUACUAUAAUUUAUGUAUGCUGAUGUUUGGAGUAGAUGGUGCAUUAUGGUACCAUUUGAGGCAUUGCAAUUAUCUGUUUAAGUGCUAUGAUAUACUGCCAACAUGCAUUUAAAGGGCAAUGCAAUAUACUACAAUAAACCCCCAUAAGCACUGCAGAAACCUUUGAAAAACACUAUUUAAGACAAGUAGCAGAAUUCUUGUAAUCAUGAAGCUUUCAAGUCCUGUUUGUUUGUCAGCAGCUGCAGUCCCUGUUUUGUUUGACCACUUCACAGCAAUGUGUGCAUUGACCUUGACGAGGUGACACUCCAUGUAGACAUUCUCGUGUGCAUCCAUGUCAGUGUAUGGUUAAUUUCGGUAGAGCUGAAAUUGUUACUGUAACAUUACUUUGUAAUAAACCUGCUUGCAGAAAGACACCAGAGACUGGU